AGAACUUUCCCUUUCCUGUAACCUAAACCUCAAAAACCCUCUCUUGAUCUAUACAUACACUGAUACAAACGUCUACACAGACAGAGAGAUAGAGUGUUUUUAGAGAGAGAAGAAGAAGAAGAAAAUGACAACCCAGUUUCCAGAUGACUUCAAAUGUCCAAUUUCACUAGAGAUAAUGUCUGACCCAGUGAUUCUCUCUUCGGGUCACACAUUUGACCGGUCCUCAAUCCAGCAGUGGCUAGACGCCGGCCACCGGACAUGUCCAAUCACGAAACUUCCCCUGUCUGAACCUCCAUCUCUCAUCCCCAACCACGCUCUCAGAAGCCUUAUUUCCAAUUAUACUCUUGUCUCCCUCCCUAGGCCUCAGUCCUACCCUGACCCCCAAACCCUCAUCCGAACCUUAACCAAUCCCUCUUCUCCGGUGGACUCCAAACUCAACUCGCUAGACCAACUCAGCCGUGUAUCGAAGCGUGACUCAGCUGUACGUCGUCGUUUGACCGAGUCAGGUGCUGUUUCAGCUGUUCUCAACUGUGUCAACUCGGAUGACUCAGCUCUUCAAGAAAAGGCGCUUCAUUUGUUGUUGAAUUUGAGUCUUGAUGAUGAUAACAAAGUGGGUUUGGUGGCAGAGGGCGUAGUGGGCAGAGUUGUCGCCGCCUUGUGCGGUGGCUACGCUGGCGGUGAUGGCCGAGCGGUGGCAGCGACUGUGUUGACCAGCUUGGCAGUUGUAGAAGUGAACAAAGCCACAAUUGGAGCAUUCCCAUUUGCUAUUCAAGCUUUAGUUUCGCUUCUUCGGGUUGGAAACGGAAGAGAAAGAAAAGAAUCGGCGACGGCGUUGUAUGCUUUGUGCUCAUUUCCUGAGAAUCGUAGACGGGCCGUGGAUUGUGGAGCAGUGCCGAUUUUGAUCGAAUUGGUGAACUCGGGUCUCGAACGGGCUGUUGAGGUAUUGGGUUUGUUGGCAAAGUCUAAGGAAGGGAGAGAGGGCAUGAUGAGGUUUGAUGGGUGUGUGGAGGUUUUGGCGACGGUUUUGAAGAAUGGAACUUCGAGAGGUGUUCAAUAUGCGCUUCUGACUAUGAAUUCGUUGUGUUGUUGUAGUGAAAAGGCUUGUUUGGAAGCCUUGAAAGAUGGGGUUUUUGAGAUCUGUGUUGAAAAAUUGGAGGAUGAUAAUGAGAAGGUUAGGAGAAAUGCAAAGAGUUUGAUACAGGUUUUGCGAGGCAAGCAUUCAAUGAGGUGAAUACCGAAUCGGUUUAAUUGCUAUGAAUGAAUGGAUGGCUUUGGAAGAAGAUGAAGGGUCAAGGUUGGGUUUUGCGGGCAUAAUUUGUGGAUUUUGUUAUCUCCCAUUUUCGAUGUGAAAUAUGUUAUCAUCACGAGUGCUUAAAAGCAUAUGCAUGGUGCUUUGUUCUUGCCCCUUGGUCGUGCUUAAAGCUUCUUUCGCAAUAACCUUUCAAAGUGUCUCGAGUGCCUAGCUUUGAGGUUGGUUUAUCUGUUCGCGGUCCAGCCAUUAAAAAUGUGAGAAAGACAAACCUUACACAGAAUCUCUAUAUAUUCAAGUUGUAUGCACCUAGGUAUCCAUUCUAUAGGUUGAAAAUGGCCAUAAAUCUUAUAUUUAACAUGGAUACCCUACUAUACCAUUGUUCUUAAUCUUUCGUUAGUAGUAGUACCACAGCUU